AUGGAGACGAUCACGAAAGCUCUCGAGUCUCUGAAAGAAUGGGAGUCUGCUCAACCUCCUACAGAUAAACUACAACAACGCCUCCCUCUGCCGCCUCAGAUAAAGCAUCAGAACCCUAGAGAGAUCUUCUGCAACACCGAUGCAUCUUGGAAGGCGAGGAAUGCGGGACUAGCGUGGAUCUUCACCGAUGGAUCGAAUCUCGAAUUGGAUCGCGGAUCGUUGUUCCAAUCUUCUGUCUCCUCUCCAUGCACGGCGGAAGCGCUUGCAAUCAGAGAAGCACUGAUCGAUGCGGCUUCUCGACAAUUCUCCCACAUCUGUAUUCGAACAGAUUCUCAAGUUCUUGUUCAAGCAAUCUCAUCUCGCCAGAAUACGUCGGAACUCUAA